GCGGGCGGCGGGGCUGACGGCGACUCUCGUCUCCCCGGCAGUGACAGCGGUCAGCGGGCUCAUCGUGGCGCUGCUUUUCUUCUCGGAGCUGCAGUACUACCUCACCAAGGAGGUUCAUCCGGAGUUAUACGUUGACAAAUCAAGGGGAGAUAAACUGAAGAUCAAUCUGGAUGUUGUUUUUCCACAUAUGCCUUGUGCUUAUUUGAGCAUUGAUGCCAUGGAUGUAGCAGGAGAGCAGCAGCUGGAUGUAGAGCACAAUCUGUUUAAGCAGCGUUUGGAUAAAGCUGGCAAUCGUGUGACUCCCGAGGCCGAGAGGCACGAGCUGGGAAAGGAAGAAGAAAAAGUGUUUGAUCCAAAUUCUUUGGAUGCCGAUCGCUGCGAGAGCUGUUACGGGGCAGAGUCAGAGGACAUUCGGUGUUGUAAUACUUGCGACGAUGUCAGAGAAGCAUACAGGCGGCGAGGCUGGGCCUUCAAGAAUCCAGAUACCAUAGAGCAGUGCAAAAGGGAAGGGUUUAGCCAGAAAAUGCAAGAACAGAAGAAUGAGGGCUGCCAAGUGUAUGGUUUCCUAGAGGUCAACAAGGUAGCUGGAAAUUUCCACUUUGCACCAGGAAAAAGUUUCCAACAGUCUCAUGUCCAUGUUCACGAUCUGCAGAGCUUCGGACUUGAUAACAUUAAUAUGACACACUAUAUCAAACAUCUCUCAUUUGGAAGGGAUUAUCCAGGCAUUGUGAACCCUCUGGAUGGGACAGACGUCACUGCACAGCAAGCUUCCAUGAUGUUUCAGUAUUUUGUCAAGGUGGUCCCCACAGUGUAUAUGAAAGUAGAUGGUGAGGUGGUAAGGACUAACCAGUUUUCGGUUACACGACAUGAGAAGAUAGCCAACGGGCUACUGGGAGACCAGGGUCUGCCUGGUGUAUUUGUGCUGUAUGAGCUUUCCCCCAUGAUGGUGAAGCUGACAGAAAAACACAGGUCCUUUACACACUUUCUCACAGGAGUUUGUGCCAUCGUUGGAGGUAUAUUUACAGUUGCAGGAUUCAUUGACUCCUUGAUCUACCACUCAGCACGUGCCAUCCAGAAGAAAAUUGAGCUUGGGAAGACAACAUAAAUAAGCAACAAUCUCACCCCAUAAAAAACCCUCUAAGGAGAACUAAACACGUGUUUUGAAACAUAAGUGGUCUGAGUGCACAAGAGAAGAGGUUUGGAAUUACCAGAUGGCCCUGACUGCUCUUACGUUACUGUCCCAUUAUUUUUUGUUUGGCAUUAAUUUGUGGAUGGAACUGCUUGAACCUUGCUGCU